AUGAGCGACCCUACCAGCGACAUAGUCCACAUCACCCAGGGCUACAUACCUCUCUCCAAGUUUCUAACGCGACUCGCGCAAUCGACACAUAAUGCGCUUCAGGAUCAGAUCGCCUCAUUGGCGAAGAUGCCUGUGCCUGCUGCCGCCAUGAAUGGAAAUUCAACGAUACCCAACAGCGACGUCGAAGACGGUUCAAGCGAAAACGUCGCCAAGAAGACAUCAAUACUUAACUUUGCGAUGAGGGAGCACAGAAAAUGGGUCAAGGCGCUCGUUAUCACUGAAUGGAGCCGAAAGGCCGACAUGGUCAGCAAACUCAUUGACCUGAGGUUCCAUCUUCAAGGGCAGGAGGCCUUGUUCGCUGGGGCUUUGGAUGUUAUGGGCCACGUCAAGAGGGAUCUGACUUUUGCGAGAAUGCCAAGUCCCGACUUGAAAACAGCCCUCCAGGUGUUAUCAACUGGAGAGGCUGCUUGGAUGCCUGAUCUUUCUUACAUCGAACCACCUCCAUUAACACGCGAGGAGAAGAUACAGUGGAUGAGUGAUGUCGAUACUCAACUAUCGUUACGGCUAAACCUUGAAGAUUUCGACAAGAUUCCAUACCACUUUCGAAGCUACGAGAUCGAUUCGGGACGAGUCACCUUCAAAGUUGAUGGGGAAUUUGAGGUCGACCUGACGAUUGCAGACGAAGAUUUUGAAAAGCAGUUCUGGUUCAUCGACUUUCGACUCGCUUUCCAACCCGCAUCAUCGUCGAUUCCCGAAGGCAUGAAGGGUUAUUUGGAGGGCCAUUUAAACGAUAUUCUCGCCAAGGAUGGAUUGUUAGGCUGUUACCAGUUUCUGCACGAACUGGUCCUCACCCAUAAACUCAAUGAGCUCAAACGACAGGCCACCCGACUCAGCAAGGGAUCGUGGACUGGAACAUUGAAGGUCGAGUCACUUAACCGAGCCUUGGCAAUUCAAUACUGGACCACACGAACACAGCCUGGCAGUCCAAAGAGCUGGAUAUUAGUUGCUGUCAGCAGCGGUCGAAAGGUCAAUGGCCAACCUGAUCCGAAGUCGUCGAGUUAUUUGACAGCCAAAUGGUAUCGAGACAACAAGGAGGUCAAGGAUGUGGAGAUAUCUUUCGACCCCAACAAUCUGUCAGCCGAGGCGCUUUUGAAAACCGUCAUUGGUCGACAUAUUGACUUCUUGUUGGGCAGCAUUCACAGCAAAUUGCAGUCUUUCCCUCGGUUCCAGAACCGCGAGGCUGCUAUGGUCUUGCGCGCUUCCCAAGACGAUCCUGCGACUUCGUCUCUAACCAUGCAAGUCGGUUACAAGGACAGUGCAUCUUUACUUAUCGCGCCGACAACUGGCGUUUUUGCCGUCAAACCUCACUCAAAAUUCACUAUUCAGCAUGAACAUUUGCUUAAUAAUGGAAAGAAUCCGGCCGAGGAUGGAGCGACAUGUCUUGAGAAUGUGAGAUGUGGAGUUGUGGAAGACGAGCUUAGUCGCAGAGGGAGCACGACAGGCUGGAGCAUUAAGAAGAACCCUCUGAGUAAAGACGAGUUAAGGUCUUUCGUCAGUACCCGCGAAUGGACAAAGACCAUCUGGCUUCAACGAGCUGGGUGGGAGCCGACCUGGUUCGUCAUGGUCUUAUUGAGUCCAAGUGGGGAUGUCUGGUGGCUCCUUGAUGUGACGCGCAACUCCUCCGGACAGGCGCCCAGGCUAACAACAAAGCUUCCUCUUAACAGAGGGUAUCCUCAUCUUAACGACGAGUUUUGGAAUAAUUUGACCUUAUUCGCAACCGGCAUGAUUGCCCAAGCAGUGGACCAGCGCGAACUAUACAAGCAUAACAUCAAAUUUAGACCACAGGCAACUGGGAAUUGGUCUUUGCCACAGCAGGUUAGACUUCCGACUCUCGAAAUCGCUCUCUCUGGAAUCUUCCCGUCUAUGGUGUUUGAAAGCGCAGACAAGGAGAGCACCAAAGCCGCAACCGCCCCUGGUGCAAGUAACGAGUCAUCUGGGGUUGGCCCAGUUAUACAAUCCGCCGCUGGAGCAGGUAUCUCGACUAAACAACCAUGGGCGAACGACAUUGUUUCAAUCAGGUUCAAGGGAAUUCAACCUUCAGAGUCAGAAGCUCCUGGUCCGGAUGGCAGCAAAACUUCAGAGCCUCUUUUUACCUGCGUUUCGGACGCCAUUCUGAAAGUUCGAAGACCAGCCAAGUUCACCAUGCUCAGGGGUCACAUGGUCGGUCGUGAUGUGUCUUGGAACGCGCGCACGGGAGAAUUUUGCUUGCGCAUGCGCUCAGGCAUUGGGCAAUCUAUGCUGGAAAGCCUGAAAGCCCGUGUCAAAGCUGUUGAUCGUUUCGUCAGCUUCUUUGAGUCCAUGGAUAAGGCAAAGGGUUCUAUUUCGGCCGAGUCGGUGGGCUUGAAGGCAGUUACCUUCUGCUAUGGACCUCAGAAAUCAGAGGCAAUUGAAAAAUCCGACACUUCACGUCUCUGGAGAGUGACACUGGACCUCUCCAGAGACAAUAUCGAUGUCAAGAUGGAAGAGACUAAUCCACAUCUUCCUGUUAUAGACUUAAUGCAGAAGCUGGUCAAUGGGGUUAACGGUAUCGGGGCCUUGAUGAACUGGCUUCCUCAGUCCCUGCCAGCCUUGGAAGCAAUCAAGGAGAUCAGAGAGGCAUGGUUAGACGUUGAAGGUCAGCGUCAGGGACGCUUCAAGUUUACGAUGGAUUCAGCGGAUGAGAUGUUACUCGAGUAUCUGCUUGUGGGAACCGGUCCUGGAAACCGACCUACUACGCGCAACAUAACGCUCCUUGGUCACAUUAAGCAUCGCCGAGGCGAGCCAUGGUGGCACAUUCAGCGCAAGUCUCUCCCCAACAGUACGGAUGAUGAGUUCACAGCCGCACUCAAGCCUGUCUGGAAGGGAACGGGAGGCAACUGGACCGGUCUCGCCACCGGUGCAGCGGGCAGAACAGAGAAUAGCAUCGCUGAUCUGCUCCUGGCUAUUGAUGGGGCCAUUCGGCCACUGGCUGGCUCAUCUUUCCAAGAUUACCAUGAGGUGGUUCUCUUGGAUUAA